AGGGGUCGUAACGUAGGCUAAAGGACAAGGAAUGCUUUUUACAUUUGAUUUUUUAAAAUACAAUCACGGUUUUGUUUCUAAAAUGCAAACUCAAGUUUUUUGUUUGCAAGUGAAAAUGUAUUAAGAAUGCUGUGCAAUGUGUUUUUGUCUUUGUUCUAGAAAAAAAAACACUUUAGAAAGUUCUGAUGACGAAACAGACAUUGAGAUGAAGCGACAAUAUGAAAAAGCAAAAAGACAAAAAAAAGUUGCAAAAGAGAGGAUCCUCACUCAGUUGAAGGAUACACUGAGGAAACCACUCCACUCCACUCCAUGCAGAACCAAUCCAUUACAUAGUGAGGAGGAAGUUGAAUUCGAAACGGUGGACACAAACGUGGAUUUGUUCAAUUACCCAGGGAAUUCUCAAUCAACCGAUACCUUAGAUGCUGCUGAGGCAAGUGGAGAGAGCGUGGAACAGCCAUUAUUUGUCAGUGGUGAAGUGUUGAAAGCUUUGAAAGAAAUCUCAACUGUGGCGUUUGGCAUCUUGUUCCUACCCCACUUACGAUGUGUUUUUACACGUAUUACCUGUGGUGUGCAUCAGGAGUGGAGCAGUACAUGUAUUCGUAUUGAACCAACAAACAAGGGACUCAUGCACAACCAUCACAAAACAGAAAGACAGUCGAGGAUCAUCAGAAAUUCCCACCUUAGUGCAGUGUGUCAAGGAACUAAUAUCCUCAAUGAACAGAGGGAUCGAUACAGCAAGCACAAGCUCAGGGUCCUCCAGCGCAGCCCAAGAGAUGAUAUUCUUGUAUGCUUCCUUGAAAAUCUGCCAAGGAGAGUAAAUGAUAAAACAGAUCCAAGUGAAAUGAACACUGCUGAACCAGAGAGCACACAUGUUUGUGAACCAGCCUGAACUGGAUCUCAGCAAAGAUUCUC